AUGCCUGGGCCUCUGAACUCCACUUAUCCGUAUUACUUCAUAUUGUCGGCGUAUGUUGAUGUUGGUGAGGUCAGGUACCUGUUAUUCCUGAUCAUUCUUUCUUUGUUUUUGUGUAUCAUCGGCGCCAACUCACUGCUCGUGUACGUGAUUUGCAUAAACCGAAGUCUGCACGAGCCCUUGUACAUUUUCCUCUGCAGUUUGUUUGUGAAUGACGUGUACGGCAGCAGUGCAGUGUUCCCGCUGCUUUUAACUCAGAUUCUAUCGGACAUCCACCGAGUUCCUGUGUCUUUAUGCCUCCUGCAAAACUUCUGCCUCUUCUCCUAUGGGGCCAUUGAGCUGUUGAUCCUCGCUGUCAUGUCGUAUGACCGCUAUCUUGCCAUAUGCUGCCCUCUAGAGUACCAAGCCCGCAUGACGCCCAGCAGAAUUUCAUUUCUUCUCGCAUUGACUUGGGUUUCCCCAUGUAUUUUUUGCAUAAUCAUGACGUCUUUAAGUGCCACUUUACACCUUUGCAAUAACGUCAUUCAAAAAGUAUACUGUGAUAAUCAUUCCUUUACAAAGUCGGCUUGCUCUGACACUUCGCUCAUCAAUGCCUGGGGCCUCUUAAUUACAUCUCUGUUUGUCUUUGUGCCAUUAAGUGUCAUCUUGUACUCGUAUGUGCUCAUUUUAAAGGUGUGUUUCUCCGGCUCGGCUCAGACGCGACAAAAGGCCGUGAGCACGUGCGGUCCUCACAUUGCGUCACUGUUGAACUUCUCCUUCGGGGCGUUUUUUGAGAUCCUUCAGAGUCGCUUUGACAUGAGCGGUGUGCCCAACAUGCUGAGGGUCAUUCUGUCGUUGUACUGGUUAACGUGCCAGCCACUGUUUAACCCCCUGCUGUACGGCCUCAACAUGUCCAAGAUCCGGAUCAUUUGUAAAAGUCUUUUCUUAAGUCAUUUUUAA